AUGACUGACAAGAAGUUUAAAACCGACUUGUUCGGAACCUUUCGACAUGCCUCUUAUAGCGUACAGAAAAAUGAACCGAAUGGUCCAUCUGAACCACCCGCAACGACAUAUCCAUCCACUCCUCUCAUGGGAGGUCCGAGCAAGGAGGACAAAAAAAAUCUAAAAGAUUAUCCAUUAACUCCCGAUAAGGCAACUGGCGGUAAAUCCCAUGGAUCUUACGAUCUAGUGGAGUCGAACAAGGUUCCAGAAAAAAAGAUGUCUACGGGUGUCAAACUCUUUCUAGCCACUACUUGCGUUUGUUUCCUCAUUCUUUUCCUUCUUGUUGGAGUUUGGUUGGCUUUACACCUCGGAGCUGGUGAUUGCAAAGGAAAUAAUUGUAAUGCGACCGUUGAAUACUCGAACCAAACUGAGAGGCUUAUGAUAUCGAACAUUCCCUUAACCGAUUCCGACGAUUCCUCAGAUCUCGAUCUCGAUCUUGAAGAAACACUUUCGCUGAGUAGUAACGAUCUUGUGUAUGACGGUUCUUCCGGUACUGUCACUCUUGGAAAUGAAGCUGUGGUAACCCUUAACUGUUUCUCUCGAUUCACUGACGAAGAUGUUGCAAGUUAUAAAGCUUAUGUUUCCACUGCCGAGAAGUCUUUCUCAGACGAUAAGUCUCAAUGCGAAUCAGUGGAGCGCUUUCUCGCAUCCAAGAAACAAAUCGCCUUCUUGAACGAGAAAUUCAAACCUAACGUUGAAUUUGGUCUUACUGUAUUCACUGACUGGACAGAAGUCAAGAGAACAGAGAUGGGAACUGAGUCUACUACUUCAAAUGAUUUUGAAGAAAAAGCCAUCCGCAUAGAGAACCCUGAUAUUAGUGAUGUAAACUAUUUGAGAAACACUUACGGUGUGGAAUUCAAUGAUAGUUGUUCUCCCAAGCUCAACAUAAGAAAGGCAUUAAGAAGGAUUUCCCAGAGUAUUAAAAAGAAUAUUAUGCCCCGGGAUCUACCAAAAGAAGAUUCUGUUGGAUGUGGUGUGGAUGAAGGAGUCUAUCAAAUCGUGGUCAACACAGGUGAUGACGAGAAGGAUCGCGAAAAUUUCACUAACUGGCUUCUUACCAGAGGACCUUUUGUCACAAACCUUAUAGUGCCUGACAGUUUCUUUGAUUACAAGAAUGGAACUUUCAGCGCUGAGAUGUGUGCUAAGGACUUCACCACAAUGGUUUAUGUAAUUGUAGUAGGAAACGGUGAACGCGAGGACAAGAAGACUAACACUAAAGUGCGAUUCUGGCACAUUAUGCCAAUCGGAGAGAUCUGGAAGGAUUGGGGUAAUGGAGGAUACAUGAGGCUGGAUGUGAAUGCCUGCAUCCCACCUAACAGAAACGGAAAACUUAUAGCUUACUUAGACUAA